AUGUUUUUUUAUCUACUAAUUGUGAUUUUAAUAACAUUGUAUUACUAUGGGGUUAGGACUUUUGAUUACUGGAAGAAGAAGGGUGUCAAUCAUGAUCCGCCGCUACCCUUCUUUGGAAAUAAUUUAAGACAGUUCAUGCAAAAAGCCAGUAUGGCAAUGAUGGCCACGGAGACGUACAAGAAAUAUCCUGAGGAGAAAGUGGUGGGUUUCUAUCGAGGUACCUCACCUGAACUCGUGGUACGGGACCCUGAACUCAUCAAGAGAAUCCUCGUCACAGAUUUCAGCAGCUUCUACGCAAGAGGCUUUAAUCCACACAAAAAGGUAAUAGAACCGUUACUUAAGAAUUUGUUUUUUGCUGACGGCGAUCUUUGGCGGUUGAUAAGACAGAGAUUCACUCCGGCUUUCAGUACCGCUAAAUUAAAGGCAAUGUUUCACAUAAUAACCGAACGUGCAGAAAAAUUACAAAUGAUUGCGGAAAACGAGGCCUAUGAAAAUUUUUGCGACGUCAGGGAACUGAUGGCCAGGUACACGACCGAUUUUAUAGGCGCAUGUGGCUUUGGCUUAAAUAUUGACUCUUUGAGUGAUGAGAACUCCCAAUUCCGAAAACUUGGUAAGAGGAUAUUCAAAAGAGAUCUCAGCGAUGCAGUGCGUGCUGCCCUUAAAUUAAUGUUUCCGGAAUUGUGUAAGCAUUUAACGUUUCUGACGCCAGAGUUAGAAAAAUCUAUGACGUAUUUAGUACAAAAUGUGAUACGCGAAAAGAAUUACAAGCCCUCCGGAAGAAAUGAUUUCAUAGAUCUGAUGCUUGAGCUCAAACAGAAGGGAAAAUUACUCGGGGAGUCAAUAGAAGCCAAGAACGCAAACGGAACACCAAAACAAGUUGAACUAGAAUUCGAUGACUUGCUGAUGACGGCACAGGUCUUCGUUUUCUUCGGAGCUGGUUUCGAGACAUCCUCGACCGCCUCGAGCUACACAUUGCAUCAAUUGGCCUUCAAUCCAGAGUGCCAAGAGAAAACACAAAAGGAAAUCGAUGAAGUUUUGAGCAAACACAACAACAAGAUUACUUAUGAUGCUAUCAAAGAGAUGACAUAUUUAGAAAUGGCAUUUAACGAGGCAAUGAGACUGUAUCCAUCAGUUGGAUAUUUGGUGAGGAUGUGCACAGUACCUGAAUAUACGUUUCCGGAAAUCAAUUUGACUAUCAACGAAGACGUAAAAUUAAUGAUUCCGAUUCAAGCUAUACAGAAAGAUGAAAAGUACUUCAAGGAUCCUGAGAGGUUUCAUCCUGAAAGGUUUAGCUCUGGCGCGAAAGCAAAUUUGAAACCGUACACAUUUUUGCCUUUUGGUGAAGGGCCACGGGCAUGUGUUGGUGAAAGACUGGGUCAAAUGCUGUCGAUGGCGGGCUUAGUUGCUGUAUUACAGAAAUAUACGGUAGAGCCCGUUGAGAUCAGCCUACGAGACCCAAUACCUGAUCCUACCACAACCGUUUCUGAAGGCUUCGUCCAUGGUCUACCUCUCAAGCUACGGAGAAGAGAACGCAGAAUCUAG